AUGGGACCUAGUUCCGCCACGAGGAGAUUACUCCCGGCAAGAGCUCUCCUCAUCAGACGAGAAUGGCCACCACGGCUAGUGGCACACGGAGUGCCAGCGGAGCGGCUUUCAACGCCCUGUAGAGUAGCACAACACACGACCCUGCCGGGCUGCAAGACGCUCCGCUGGCCCCUACUCGGGGAGAGCCACUGCGUGGUGCCUAGCUCCUCUUCGAGGAGACUUCCCUUACUCAGCUGGAGUUCUCCUCGUCAGAGGAGCAAGGCCUCCACGGCUAGUGGCCCACGGAGUGCCAGCGGAGCGGCUUGCAACCCCCGUAGGGUAUCACUUCUCACUUCCCUGCGGGCCCGCGAGCCGCUCCGUCUAGUGACUGAAGGGGACACUGGGUGGCAAGCAUCUAAUGGCAGCGCACUCGUUUAA